AUGGUACUCUUCUGUCUAAUGGACGAAAUCAAUGGACCCAGAGCCUCCCUAGAGAAUGCACGAGUCUUCUUAUUACAUAAAAACACUGGAAAGGUUCAGGUGCAAGGUAGUUCAGUUCUGAUAAACGCUAGUUUGGUGUCUCUGUUCUGUAUCAAGGGCCGAUAUAAGAAGUCCUACCAUCAAGCCUACAUCAACUUAGCCUGCAGUGAUCUGGCCUUCUCAUUGUGGGGAGUUGCUUUUACCGCUCCUAACUACUUCUUCGGUAGAGAUGAAGGAGUAAUGUGCACCGCCAUCCCACUGAUAGGGAGCUAUCUGUUCACAGUUAACUUGUCCUCUGUUCUUCCUAUCGCUGUGGAUAGACUGGUAGCGGUUUACUCGCCUAUGAGGUACAAGUCAGGAAUAGCAAACAAGAGGUACUGCGUCAUUUUGCAAACAGCAAUGGCUCUUGGCUGGAUAAUACCCGCCGUCUACACUAUCCUUGUCUUUAUUAUUGCUUUGGGACUAAAAACACCGUUAGUAUCCAACCUGACCCACCCUACUCUCCACUACCACUACUGCGACUUCACCCCGGACUCCCCUCUACACCUCCCCUUCCAACUAUCCCGCUUCAUCAUCUUCUUCCUAUGCGCCAUCACCCUCGACGUCAUCAUCUACGGCUUCAUCAUCAGCAAGAUCCUAGCAGGCAAGCACCGCGAGGUCCACACCACCAACAACCUCGUUGUCAUCAUCAGAGCAGCUCUGGUCUGCCUGGUCAUCUUCUGCUCCUGUACCCCUUACUCCAUCAUUAUCCUGAUCCCGAGCAGUUCUCUAGACCUCAAGAUGAUCGGGUAUUCUGUCUACUAUAUCGGGUGUUUUGCAAACCCCUUUCUGUAUGUGGUGUCUAGUAGGGCUAUCAGGGCCAGUCUUCGGAGACUGACUAAGAGAAAGAGACAAAGUGUGAGAAAGGGGAGUAUGAGGAACAGAAGGACUGCUAGUUUUACUAGUAACGCGCUACAGCUUGCUUAGUUUUAUACAGUUCUUAUAGACUAUAGAGGGACUAUGGUAACCAGUAACCACCCUGUUAUUAUAGUAACCAGUAACCACCCUGUUACUGUAGUAACCAGACACCCACCAGAGUCCCCGCAAACUGACUAAGAGAGAGCCAAAAAAUCGGAUAUAUAUUUUUUGAGCGUAUUAAUACAGUGACAAAUUGGCCAUGGAACUAGAGGGUAAGAGAAAGAGACAAAGUGUGAGAAAGAGGAUUAUGAGGAACAGAAGGACUGCUAGUUUUACUAGUAACGCGCUACAGCUUGCUUAGUUUGGUACUAUUGUCUACAGUUCACUAUAAAGUAUGUGUUCUGAAGGCCUGAAGGGUGCCCACUACCCUGCUUAUAAGAUUCAAGAUAUCUUGGCAGGGUCCCUCCUCAUGAGUUGUUAUAGUUGAUACAAGCUGUCUGCUGAAGUGCUUAUGUUAACAAUAUUUUAACCCGUAAAGGUUGAGCUGUAACACUACUCUUUGCUCCUAGAGGAGUGACUGAUUCCAAUGUGUAAACAAUCCACUGAUGAUUAGUGUCUUUUAAAACUGAGGCUGUUUGCACAGACAAAACAAACAGAGCUGAUAAGAUACACAAUUUGGCCUCCAUUAAAACAUAUUAUCCCUGAGGGUUUGUUCAUAUCAUUGGUGGAUAUGUUUAUACUGUGCUCCAGUUGAACCCAUAACAUUGAGCACGGAGAGGUAACUGUACCCCCUGUACCUCUUCGUGUUGGCACAAAUAAACAAGUAAAAGUACCUGCACACUCGCAGAGUCAAUAGGGUGUAUUCAGUAUUGCAAACUGGUCGACCUUUACGGGUCAGGAAUAAUCACAACUUUUUAGUAUCAUCUGGAAAUAAUAGUGACCAUGGCGACAAUUAGCUGGUUCUGGAGGGGAUACCAUGGUAGCCAUAGCCUAGUAGGCAGUAAGUAGGGUACCAUUGUCAGUUAUCGCGGUGACUGUAGUUUUAUGCCGAACUCUGGAUAAUAGCCGAUAGUUAUUUAUGUUUUUUUAUAUUUUACAAACUCCUU